UUAUGCGAGCGCUCAUUCAGUAAGCGGUUGUCGCAGUGGCAGGUAGCCGUGUCGCACGGACACUACUUUAGCGUGGAACAACCAUUUGAAUCAUCAGUGUCGCUGAGUCAGUGCGGGUGUGCGCGUUCGAACUCGGCUGUGAUGGUGAACAUAAUAUACUAGUGCAUUUCUAAUAUUCGUGUAAUGCACGCCAUGAGUGAUCCAGCUGCUUUGGCAGGCAUGUUGCCUUUCGAUUCCAUUGGACUGUACGAACAGCCUAAACCAAGGUUCAUCUUUAAAAUGCCACGGGUAGUUCCUGAUCAAAAAGCCAAAUUUGAAUCCGACGAUCUCUUUAAAAGACUGAGCAGAGAAAGUGAGGUGAGGUACACAGGGUACCGCGACAGGCCUCCGGAGGAACGCCAGAUGCGGUUCCAAAGCGGUUGCCGCGAAGGACACACAGAGAUCGCGUUCACCGCCACUGGCACCAACUUACAGCUGGUGUUCGACCACUCGCCCUACAACAACCGAGGCUGCGACUUCCAAAAAGAGAGUGGCAAGGCCCACAUCGUAUCCCGAUUUAUUAUGAAUGGCGUGUGCGUGAGGUGGCGAGGCUGGAUUGAUUUGGAGCGACUCGAUGGAGUAGGCUGUUUGGAAUUGGACGAGGAACGAGCAGCCAUUGAGGACGCUGCAUUGCGUGAUCAAAUUGAGAGGUAUAAUCAGAGGCUGCGGGAUUUUGAAGAUAAACAGCGUGCAUACCGCGAGCACGGGGAGGAGUUACGAGCGCACUCGCACGUGCACCAGCGCUGCCACCAGCCGCGCCAGGCGCCGCACGCCGCGCAUCCAGCUCACCCGCACCCGCCGCACCCGGUACACAUCAAACCUCACUCACAGGGCGCUCUCAUUUCAUAAAUAACAUGAUCUGCAAUACUUCAUAACAAUAAGUAUAUCUUAUAAGUACCAUAAAAGUAACUCUCAUCGUAAAAACAUCAGGAAGACGGUAACCGGUCUAUUUCAGCAGAAAACACAAGAGAGUGUAUAUUGUCUUUAGAAUCAAUAAUUUAAAAUACUAUAAAGUAUAAACGUUAGAUGACAACUAUCUUCAUAUUAUGUUAUGGCUUUUACCAAGCAUUUAUUAAUUUGUAGUAUCUAUUAAUUAACAAAUCGUCAUGAUUAACCAUUGGCGAUACAUGCAAUGUUAGUUUAGUCGUUAGUUGUAAGAAAAUGUAGAUAUUUAUAUCUAGGACGAACCGACGUGCUCUGUGCAAAACCAAUAACCGCUCAAAUGUUACAUACAAUAAUAUGUAUCCUUUUUAUUAAUAAUCAUCUGACUAAACUGGUACGACCCAAUACAGUACCUAGGUUAUCUGGUAAAUUACUAGAAUAACUUCAUUAGAAUGUUGUAUCCCUAAUAGGUGCAAGAUAUAGUUUGUUAACAAUACUCGCUUAAUGCUAUAUAACCUACCUUGCUAACUUCAAAUAAGUAUUAUCAUAGUUAUUUGUUUGUAGUAGUCAAUAUCGUAAAACAUGCCUAAGAACUGUACCUACGUCUAGAAUAGCAAUCUUAAUCAAAUUAAAAUUCUGUAUGUAAAAUGUAUUCUAAUUGAUGAAGUCGUUAGUAAUUGAUAUAUUUUGUUCUCAUUAUUUGUAAUUAUUAUUGAUAAAUGUUCUUGUUUAGUUUGUCGACAGGCUGAACAGUAAUUAAUGGAUAGCUUUGGAGUAGACAAGACCAAUUGAAAAAACGUACAAAAUUGUAAACAAUACGAGCCAUGUUAUUCACUCGGAGCUUUCAAACGUAAUUUUAUCAACAUAGUCGAUUCGAAAUAUCCUAAGUUGGCAUGUUGAGUGUCCAUAUUGACAAAUCUGGUCACUUAUCCGGAUGAAAUGUGACGGGUCCUUCCAUGGGCACUCUGUCUUUUCUGCCAAAUAACAUUAAUUUGCAUGGCACCUGAAGUCCAUCAGUUUUAGGUAUAUCUUAUCUUUUCGCUUUUCGGAGCUCAUCCAGGCCCACAAUAUUAACCAACACCAACAAGAAUUCUCAUCGUAUGUUCACUUGCCCUUUAUGUACAACUUUGCGAGGACAAUAUCUAUCCACUCCGGUAUUUAUUUCUCCCUAUGGCGCUUAGUCAUCUUAAACCUAACAACUUAAGUAAGAGAGUAGAAGAGAUCUAUCAUAAAAAGUCUAAAAUCUAAAACUUACAAAAUUAAGUAUGUCAUUUCUUAAUUCAUCUGUUGGUGUAUCAAAUGUUCUUAUUUACAAUUUUUGUCUUGAAGUAGGUGUACUUCUUUUUUCUCUUCACCAAUAUCGUUCCAGCAUGGGGCUACUGUCACCCAUCGUGUUUGAAAUCUCAAUGCCAAAGUGAAAAUAGAAACGCUCAUUAGAAAAAAAUAAUAAUCUUUUGUUAUUAUUACAUGGUAUAUCAGAUGUAUCCAUUUAUUACCAACAUCCUGUAUGUAACAAAUUAUAAUUAUUGUGAUAAUAUUGUAAAUAAAUGUUUACUGAAAUUUUA